AUGCCAAUGAUUAAACGAGCAGGGAAAGCUGCCUUACUUCUACCGGGAGGCUCCGGAGUACAGGCAACUUUUAAACCAAUCGAUCCACGUAUUCUAGGCGAGUACUUUGAAGGCCUGUCAGACAUCCAGGCCACAUUCCAGGACAUCCGCAGAGUGUCGAUGCCGAUCACAACCAACGCGCACUAUAUUAAGUCAGCGGCCCCGAGUUCAAGCAGAACUUCUGUGCCAGGCACACCAAUGGCGGCCUUACUAGUUCUAGGUGACAGCAGUGGGCACUGUAUCGUUGCAAUCCAUGUACCACAUAGUACCAAGCGGUUCUUGGGAGAAAACACCACGGGAAUGCAUAUAGGCGCGAUAAGUGGCGGCAACCAAAAAAAGCGACAACGCAGGACUCGGGAGAAUGAAGCCGCGCAGAUAGCGCGUUAUCGCGUUAUCAUACACGAUUGGUUAGGGUCACCAUCUGGUGCGGCAUUAGCAACCAUUUCACUGAAGCUGUCAUGCAAAUUUGGGCUAGGACGGUUCUACUACAGUGAAAUGGGCUAA